GCAUGUGCAUGAUCUUAUAGAAGAUGUUUUUUUUACACCUCAAUUUUGUUUCAUCCCAUUCAACAUUGUCAUUAGCUAUAUUAGAAAACUAAUCUGCACUAAUAUUUAAUGCAGGAAAAAGACAGAUACCAGCUUUCAUCUCUUUGGGUUCGUCUUUUUGCAAGUUUGAGGUAGUUGUGGAGACGAAAGAGCCCACAAGGAAGAUACAUAUAUAGAAUCAUGAAGAUGUCAAACGCAAGUGAUGGCAGCAGAGAGGUCAGGGAACCAUUGGUGGAGAAGCAUGUGGCUGAAUCAAAACAGGAGCAGCCGUGGAUGGUUUAUCUGAGCACAUUUGUUGCAGUUUGUGGUUCUUUUGCGUUUGGUUCUUGUGCUGGAUACUCCUCACCUGCUCAAGCUGCAAUUAGGAAUGAUCUAUCUCUGACUAUAGCAGAGUUUUCACUCUUUGGCUCUUUGCUGACUUUUGGUGCAAUGUUUGGAGCUAUCACAAGUGGGCCUAUAGCUGAUUCAAUUGGAAGAAAAGGGGCCAUGAGACUUUCAUCUGCGUUUUGUGUUGUCGGGUGGCUGGCAAUCUUCUUUGCCAAGGGAGUGGUGGCUCUGGAUCUAGGAAGACUAGCAACGGGCUACGGAAUGGGAGCAUUCUCCUAUGUGGUACCAAUCUUUAUAGCAGAAAUUGCACCUAAAGCCUUUAGAGGGGCUCUAACCACACUAAAUCAGAUUCUGAUCUGCACUGGAGUGUCUGUUUCCUUCAUUAUAGGCACAAUGGUGACUUGGAGAGUCUUAGCACUAAUAGGAUUAAUCCCAUGUGCUGUCUCCUUUCUUGGUCUCUUUUGUAUCCCUGAGUCUCCAAGAUGGCUGGCAAAGAUGGGGCGUGAUACAGAGUUUGAAGCUGCACUAAGGAAGCUCCGUGGGAAGAAGGCUGAUGUAUCUGAGGAGGCAGCAGAGAUUCAGGAUUAUAUUGAAACCCUGGAGAGGCUUCCAAAAGCCAAGGCCCUGGAUUUGUUUCAGAGGAGAUACAUACGAUCUGUUCUUAUAGCAUUCGGGUUGAUGGUGUUUCAGCAGUUUGGAGGAAUCAACGGAAUCUGUUUCUACACAAGCUCUAUAUUUGAGCAAGCAGGCUUCCCCACAAGACUUGGGAUGUUAAUAUAUGCAAUUCUUCAGGUGGUGAUCACUGCGCUUAAUGCACCCAUAGUUGACAGAGCCGGAAGAAAGCCAUUGCUACUGGUUUCUGCAACAGGGUUAGUGAUAGGAUGUUUGAUCACAGCGGUCUCAUUCUAUCUAAAGGCUCACGACAUGGCACACGAAGCAGUGCCAGUCCUGGCUGUUUCUGGUAUACUGAUGUACAUAGCAUCGUUUUCAGCAGGAAUGGGAGCAAUGCCAUGGGUUGUCAUGUCUGAGAUAUUUCCCAUAAACAUAAAAGGAGUAGCAGGAGGCAUGGCUACACUAGUAAACUGGUUUGGAGCUUGGGCUGUUUCUUACACUUUUAACUUCCUCAUGUCCUGGAGCUCUUAUGGAACUUUCAUCAUUUACGCGGUGAUCAACGCACUGGCCAUUGUCUUUGUCAUCGCAGUGGUGCCUGAAACCAAGGGGAAGACAUUGGAGGAGAUCCAGGCUGUGGUCAAUCCAUAGUUGAACAGAUUUUUGUUCUCCUAGAUUUUGAAUUCUAAGUACGCUAUCUUAUUUAGCAACGUUAUCUUUUAACUCGCGACAUUACGUACCAAUCUUGAAAGCUUCUAAAGAUUCUUUACCAAACGAUAUGAUUAUCCAUCUUUCUUUAGUUUCUUAUGUUUUCGUAAUGCACACU